AUGUCUUUCCGAGGCGACGACCAGCGAAGAUAUGGCCAUGUGCCACCUGUACGGUAUCCGGUUGCUGGUCGCGAUCAAGAGUACCAACAACAGCAGCAGCAGCAGCAGCAGCAGCGACCAUCACCAUACGAAGACCUUGGGCGCCGAGCUAGCUUCAACGGCGGCGAUGAUGCCGCCUAUCUCCAACAACCCACCAGCCGCUCUCCCGGCUUCGGCUCUGGUGAAGACGAGCUCUUCAUAGACAACAACUCUGCUGCCCGGCCUGGCUACGGUUCCACCAACAGCGCCCUGUCGGGCUACCAGCACCAGUACCAAGACGUGCCUCCCACACCUACGUACUCAUACAAUCCUCAAAGCUUUGCGCAGUCAUCGGGCUUCUCGCGAUCGACCUCUACCAACGCUCUCCCAUACCGCAACCAGAGUCAGACCCAGCCUCCCUCCCGUUACGCCUCCAAUGCCAGCUCCUACACACCGCAAGCUUACGACCCAUCUGCUUAUGCAAGCACCAAUGUCCCACAACGACAAGGCUCAUACCAAGGAUAUAACAACUAUGGCCAAAACUAUGCCUCUCAGCCAUCUCCUGGCUUCAGUCAAUCCUCUGGAGGCUACCCGCAAUCAGCGGCUUCACCUGCUUUGUCGUCUGGGUUUGAUCAACCAUUACGGAGCCCAUCAACUGGUGGAUAUGACCAGGCCUAUAGCCAAUAUCCCGGUCAAUUAUCAAACGGAGGGGCGUCUUUCUCAAACCCAUCACAGCCUCCAUAUCCUACUACAGCGCAGAUGCCCGUUGGGCCGUACUACUCCCCAAAUGAGCACAAUUCACUCUACAACAGGGCAUCCCGUUCAAAUUCCCAAGCCUCACCCAUCGGCUCUCCCUCAAAUGCUGGAUCAACCUCACCUGGUCUACAGCGGCAUCCAACGAAUGCACCACUGCCGAGCAGGCCUGGCGACGAUGAACUUGCCUGGACAGCCGGACACGAACGGAUUACGAGCGACAACCUGAUGCAAGAGUUGGAACUUGAGUUAGGCAGUUCUGGACAAGGCUACCGUCCACUCCCGGAGCCCGAGAAUGGUCGAUACGAGGAAGAUUUUCAUGGCCAGCAGCUGCAGCGUUUCGAUUCUGGCGCUACCACAAUCCCUAAUACAGCCAGCCGAACAACUUCAGGACGAACUGGUCGAACCGCUUAUGAACCCGAAGAUGACGACGACGACGACGCGUAUGGAGAGGCUGGUCUGAUGGCUAUGCGACAGGCUGAGCUUGAUGAACAGCGUUUCAGCACUGGGUUUGGAUACACAGACAUGCCCGUCAUGGCAGACCCUAGCCCGGAGCCAGCCCAUACUCCCGCCCAUACCAACUCAUUAUCUACGAAUAUGUCAACCAACACACUGACCACUCACCCUGAGGAGCAAGCUCACAGCAGCGACAGCGAAUUUGCCGGCGUUGACUUGGGAAUGCUGGGCGGUGGUUUCGGUGGCACCUUAACUUACGGCGGAGAUGUAGGAUCACCUCCUAACUCGUCUGGUCAAGAUGUUGGUCGACCUCUCCCUACGCCGGGCUACUUGAAUCGUGCGUAUGAUCAAGGUGACAGCGUGCCGGCGUUCAAGACAGCAGAGAUGGACUAUGGUGGCACAGGGGGCUUACAGCCACCAACACAGCAUCGAUUGAGUUUCGACGAGGAAGAUGAGCGUGUAUCACUACGCUCCCGACAAAGUGGCACAGACUCACCGAGCAAGGAUGAACUACAAGAUCUAUUUUAUCACCCGGGAUUAUCAAGUCGACCUCUGCCAGCUAUUCCAGGACCUGGGUCCGACAGUAGCUCGAUGCUCUCAGUCCAGACCAACAACCGCCAACAGUAUCAGCACGCAUACUCUCGUAGUUCAGACUCACGGUUCGGUGCGCCGAAUGAUCCUGAAGCUUACUAUACUGCUGGUCAGCCCUAUAAUCCGCAACCCGAGCGAUCCAUUUCAUUGGCCGGACACAGCCACACACCUCAGGUACAAGCACCCGCUCGCUCCAGAACCGAUGCCGCCGAAGAACGGAGGAAACUUGCCAGACACGGUCACCAGCACGUACCUUCUAACCAGUCUUUCCCCGAAUAUGAGACCCCUGCUGGCUCAAUAGCAGCCUUUGACGGAAUCACUCUACCCAGCGGCCGAAAGAAGAAAUUCAUACCUUCAAAACUCAAUGCAGCCGAUUUCCGCAAAUGCCCUGAGCCAUGGGCGCUUAGUGGUCUUGAGGCCUGGAUCCGCGAAAUGGGAGAAGGCGAGCAGGAUCUAAGGAGCAAGUCAAUCGAGGAAGCAUUGAUCAACUUGUUUACCGGCAAGAUACCGAUGAUGAAUGUAGCAGACGCCGAGGUUCUCAGCACGCACGUAGUGACAUCGAUGUUGGAGCGUGGUAUGCUUAUACCAGAAGAAGAAUGGGUCAAGAUUGGAAACGGACACAUCUCUGGAGUCUUGUGGCAGUUGACAGGCUCUGGAUGCUAUGCUCCCAAGGUGCACGAUGAAGAGAUCGGCGGCCGAUGCUACUCACACCAUUGCACUCGUACCCUGAAGAAGGUUGAUCUGGAGGAGUUGUCCCAAGACUCAAAGCCCGCUGACGAAUGGCACGUGUUCUAUGGUCUCAGCAAGGCCGACUGGGAAACGAAGCCAAAGAAGGAAGUUGACCGACAGAAUAUCCUCCAUGAAAUUGUCACUGGCGAGGAGAAUUAUAUCAAGCAGCUGGAUAUCUUUCGCAUAUAUUACCGGGAUCAACUUCGCAUGAUGCAACCUCCUAUCUUAAAGCCCGAAAAACGAGAUAAGUUCUUGUUUACGGUGUUCGGAAAGCUUGAUGAAGUGCAAGAGAUUAACAAAGAUCACUUGUUGUCGCAGCUCAAAUAUCGACAACAAGAGCAGGGUCCUUGGAUCAUCGGCUUCAGUGACCUGUUCCGAGAAUGGAUCAGAAAAGCCAAGUCAGUUUACAUUGAAUAUGCCUCGGCUUAUCCCAAUGCGGUUUAUCAGGUUCGCAGGGAAGCCGAUCGCAACAUUCUUUUCAAGCGAUUUCUGGAUGAUAUGCAAAAGCAGAAGGUCUCAUCUAAGCAUGACUGGACUCAUUACUUGAUUGCGCCAAUUCAGCGCCUUCAACGUUACACUCUUCUUCUUGAAAGUGUCGAAGGCAAGAUGGUUACCGACAGUGAGGAAAAGACAAACUUGGCGAAGGCUAUUGCCGAAAUUCGACAGGUGACUCUGGAGUCUGAUGCCAAGGUCGCAGAACAGAACAAGAGAGUCCAAAUGAUGGAGCUAAACAGAAUGCUCGUACUAAGGCCAGGCUUCCACUCUGUGUUGAAUCUUGACCAUCUCGGCCGUGAACUGAUCUUCCAAGGAGACCUGCAAAGAAUGGGAUCAAAGGGAGUCAGAUGGGUUGAUACGCAUGCCUUGCUUUUCGAUCACUACAUGAUUCUGGCAAAGACAGUGACACCAAAAGAGGGCAAGGACAAGAAGUAUGAUGUUUCAAAAGAGCCUAUCCCGAUGCCUAUGCUAUUCCCAGAGAGUAUCAACGAUGAGCCAGUACAGAAACAAAAGGGCAUCACUGCUCCGCUAGGCAGGACAACAGCAGCGUCUGCCUCUACCACUCAACUUAACAAAGUAGGAGCAAAUACUGGCAGACCUGGGCUGGAACAUGUGGCUACGAACUCCUCUCUUGGCUCGUCCCUGACCCCGACUGGUUCCAACGACACUGAAGGUAGAAUUUUGUACCCAUUCAAAGUCAAGCAUUUGGGCCAUGAAGUAUAUACCUUGUAUGCAUCAUCAGCCAAGGAUCGAGCCGACUGGUGCAACAUGAUUAUCGAGACCAAGACACGACAUGCCAAGGCUCUCUUCUCCCAGAACGCCGAACCCUUCAGACUGCGAGUGCUUGCGGACGCUGCUUUCCAUUACGACAACACCUCUAUAUAUGCCAGAUUUCCAAGCGUACCAGUCAAGGGCACCCCUCUCGACCGGGCCAUUCAUGAGCUGGAAAGUGUCUUAGGACCAGCUCAGGGUGUCGCUCCCGUGUGCCGUGCCCAAGUCAACUGCGCCACAAGCUUCACUGCCUUUGGAAAGUCCGUGAUCGCCAUUGGAACCGAUUAUGGUGUUUACAUAUCAGAACCAUCGAAUCCCCGUGGAUGGCAGAGGACGGUUCAAGCCAAUCGCGUGACCCAAAUCGCAGUCCUCGAGGAGUUUGCUGUCUGUGUGCUCAUUGCAGACAGGAACCUCAUUUCCUAUCCUCUGGACGUAAUCGCUCCAGUAUCUGAUUUCUCAGCUCCUCUCAACGACAACCCUCGACGAGCGCCGCAGAGACUGGCUAAAGAUGUGACUUAUUUUGCCACAGCUAAGAUGAAGGACAGAAUGCUUCUUUUCUACAAGCGCAAGGAAGGUCUACACACGUCGUUCAAGGUUCUUGAGCCCAUUUUCCAAAAGUCUACCGAAAAGAAGUCGCGACUCUUUGGUGGACGCAAGACAAGUGGGGGAUCCGCAGAGACAUUCCGUGAUUUCGACGAGUUUUUCUUCCCAACUGAGUGCUACUCCCUGAGUCUGUUUCAAACAUACAUUGCCGUCGCAACAGCCAAGGGAGUAGAAAUGCUCACACUAGACAAGAAGCAACCCAUGUCAAUUCCUGACCUCAAAGCACCGGCUAUCGCUAACAUUGCCAGCCGCAUCCAGAAUCAGAAGCCGCUGGGCAUGUUCAGACUCAACGAGAAUGAAUUUAUCGUGGCAUAUGAGGACUGUGCGGUGUACGUGGACAAACACGGCGACGUCAGCCGCACACUUAUCAUGGAGUACACGGGCAAGCAGAAGAAGGCUCGUGGAGCGAUCAUGUACGGACAAUAUCUGCUUCUCUUUAACGAUGACUAUGUUGAGGUGCGAAAUGCGGAAAACGGACGCUUGCGUCAGAUCAUAGCUGGGCGAGACGUGCGUGUUCUGGAUCUCGGCGUCCGGGGCCCUACGGGAAGAAGCACGCUGAACCCACAGUCACACAGUAACGGUUAUGUGCAGACUUCGAGCGCAGGUAGUGAAGGGUCAAAGGGCACAGUCAAGAUUGCCAUGUCACACCCAGAGCUUCCAGGUCGACAAAUUGUUUUGGAGAUGCUUUUGAAUGACGGUCACAUGGAGAAGUGA